CCCUCGCUCGCCACUUCCUCACACCCCACACCCUGUCCAAAAAAAAUAAAAAUCAUCUUCUUCGACCCGGCAAACAUUCCGGCGGUGUCUUUUUGGGUUUUAUUACUCCGAUAUCCCUCAAUCUGAUCGGCUGGUAGAGGGAGACGGGGAGGCGUUAGAAAUGCUGCAGUGUAUUUUCCUUCUCUCGGAUUCUGGGGAGGUAAUGCUCGAGAAGCAGUUAACUGGGCAUAAAGUGGAUAGGUCCAUAUGUGCUUGGUUUUGGGAAGAAGCCAUCUCACAGGGCGACUCCUUUAAGCUUCUACCAGUUAUUGCAUCACCAACACACUACCUUUUCCAAAUUGUUCGUGAGGGGGUCACAUUCUUAGCAUGCACACAGGUUGAGAUGCCACCUUUGAUGGGAAUUGAGUUUCUUUGUAGAGUGGCAGAUGUCCUUGUAGAUUAUCUGGGAGGCUUGAAUGAAGAUCUAAUCAAGGACAACUUUGUUAUUGUUUAUGAGCUUCUUGAUGAGAUGAUAGACAAUGGUUUCCCUCUCACAACAGAACCAAACAUCUUGAGGGAGAUGAUAGCUCCCCCAAAUAUUGUUAGCAAAAUGUUGAGUGUUGUGACUGGUAACAGUUCCAAUGUGAGCAACACCCUUCCAGGCGCAACGGCAUCUUGUGUCCCUUGGAGAACGGCAGACCUGAAGCAUGCAAGCAAUGAAGUUUAUGUUGAUCUUGUUGAGGAAAUGGAUGCAAUCAUAAGCAGGGAUGGCAUCCUUGUGAAAUGUGAAAUAUAUGGUGAAGUUCAAGUGAACUCCCAUCUCUCAGGUCUUCCAGAUUUGACUCUCUCAUUUGCUAAUCCAUCCAUUCUGAAUGAUGUGAGAUUUCAUCCUUGCGUUAGAUUUCGACCAUGGGAAUCAAAUCAAAUUCUUUCUUUUGUGCCUCCUGAUGGAGAGUUUAAGCUCAUGAGUUACAGGAUUAAGAAGUUGAAACACACUCCUCUAUAUGUAAGACCACAGCUGACGUCAGAUGCUGGAACAAGUCGUCUCAGUGUGUUAGUUGGAAUACGGGAUGAUCCUGGGAAGACAAUCGACAAUGUGACAGUACAUUUUCAGUUGCCUCCUUGUGUUGCUUCAGCAGAUUUGACUUCAAAUCAUGGAACAGUGAACAUCCUUGCUGAUAAGACCUGCUCCUGGUCCAUCGGGCGGAUCCCAAAAGAUAAAGCCCCAUCUAUGUCUGGAACCUUAGUGCUGGAGUCUGGUUUGGAACGGUUGCAUGUUUUUCCAACAUUUCGAGUCGAUUUCAAAAUCAUGGGUGUUGCUCUCUCAGGCUUGCAAAUAGAUAAACUAGAUCUCAAGAACUUACCAAGCCCCCCAUACAAAGGUUUCCGAGCUCUCACACGAGCAGGGGAGUUUGAAGUAUACAAUGAAUGAGGCCAUAUCACUGGGAUUGGAUUCAUUGUACCACUACCAUUUACAAUCACUAGGAUUUCAGAGGACAAGUCUUCAUGCUUAACUAUGCUGCUCUCUUGCUGACUCAGCAACCAACUUGUUAUUAUCUUCUUGUGAAAAUCAUGGAUAGCUAUCGGCGUUGAAACAUUCCAGAAGGAAGCAAGUAUGAUUCACUUUCUUUUUUGUUGGUUUUCCUGUUUGUUGUUGAUACUAAAUUAUAUAAAUUUUUAGCUUUUGUAUUCACUAUCAAGUAUCAACUAGUGCAAUACUGCAUUCAUUGACAGAUUCUUAUGCUUGACUACUUUUCAGAGAAGACGUGUAUACUUGUUCUAUAUUAUAAUAAACCCUUUUGGGCUACCCUUUUAUUGGAGGAA